AUGCAGUUUGGCUCAGGGUGCCUACUGGUUGCCCUGCUGCUGUCAGCGCAGGCGAGCGCCGAGAAGCGCGAGCCGGGCAUCUUCCGGCGGCUCGAGGCGGCGAGCCAGGACGUUCUGGAGGAUGCUGCCUUUGACUUCAAGACAUGUUCCUGUACCUGCUGCAUGGCCACGGAGCGCGCGGACCAAGAGGUUGAGCGAAGCGCGGAUGGCCAGUCGAUGUUGACGCACAAGUGCGUCCAUCCGAGCCCUGCUACAGAAGAGUGCCCGAUGGAAUGCAUUGCCCGUGAUCGGCGGCACACCUUGGAGCAGGAGCAGUACGUCAAGCCAGGGAGUGCUCUGGAUUACGCGCGGUACUGCUUCCACAACUGUGUGCCAGCUGUGCUCAUCAAUGGUGGGCAGUGUGCCAACCCGGAGAGUGCGAACAAGACGGCGGCUGGAGGUUUUGACCUGCCAAAGCCGCCAAAGUGGUCCCCGGCGGAUCUGAAAGAGCCUGAGGCCCCCAAGCAGCCAGAGGAGGCAAAAGCCGUGGAUGUUGCGGCCGACGCUGCAGCGCAGGAAGAGAUGAAGAAGGUCACGUGGGACCUGCGUGGCAUCGUCGUGGAGCGAACCCGCGCUGAGGCUGGUGCCGCCGCUGCACGUGCCGCAUACGCUGCGGAGCGGGCCAAGCUGCACAGCCAGGAGAUCAAGCGUUCCACGAAGAUGCUGGACAAGGUCAAGACUGCUGUGGUCGAGGAGUCCAAGACCUACGAGCCUGACUUCGAGCUGUCGAAGGCGAACGCGACCGCCGCUGCUGAAGCUGUUGCGCAGAGCUACAACGCUCUGAAGAAGGCGAAGACAAACCUUCGCAAGGUGGGAGAAGACACCAGGAAACUCGCCAAGCA